CUUCUCACAGUUUCUUGUUGGGACCUAAAAAUCGAUCCUCCUCCUGUGACACUACGAGAUCUGCACACAUCUCAAGUAUCCUUUUUCCCGAUCUGAACAAAUGUCACCUUUCGUUCCUUCGAAAUCAUUUUUGAGACGGAAAAGGCGACACCUUCAUCUCCGGUCACGAGCCGAGCCGGUCUUCGAGUAGAAAUCUCGAGUGACAAUUCCACUGUGAUGCUUUGACUUUUCCCAAAAGGAAGUUGACAAUACAGCCUUUGAGGCUCCACUUUACUCAUUCCUUUUUUAUAAUCGAUCAAUUGCCUCACGGGGGAUUCGCCAUGGACGAAGCUUUGCGCUGCUCUAAUUCCCUGUUUUCUCUACUCGGAUUCUGGCGUCGGUGUUCGGUCGCUCAAAGUUUGGUUUUUUUCCCAGUGUUAUGUUCAUCUGAAGUGUCAAAGUUGGAUCUUGGCUUCUGAGUUUUGUUAUUUGGGGAUUUGGAGCCUAGGGUUACAGUCCCUUCGAAUUCCUCGGAUAAAGCUUCUAGGGUUUCAUUCGCCUGAGAAAUCUCAAUUCCGGGUUUCAAUCUUGCUUCGGAAUCCAUUCAGCUCUUGCGUAGAGAAAUGGACCAACCCUUUUCAACCACCUUGAAAUCUCUUCCCCCCACCGUUGAUUCCGUGAAACCAAGCUUGGAUACCAUCAUCAACAACUCCAACACUUACGCCGGCGAAUUUAGCCCCGAGGGAUCUGUUGGUUUUCUUGAUGUUUUUGUUCACCAAGCUCGUGACAUACACAACAUAUGCAUCUACCACAAGCAGGAUGUUUACGCCAAGAUCUGCCUCACCAGCGACCCUGAUGUUACUGUCUCGACCCAAAUCAUCAACGGCGGAGGGCGCAACCCGGUCUUCAAUGAUAAUCUCCGCCUCCGCGUGCGGACGGUGGAGUCAUCGCUGAAAUGUGAGAUUUGGAUGCUUAGCAAGGUGAAGAACUACCUUGAAGACCAGCUGCUGGGUUUCGCACUGGUGCCGCUUGCCGAUGUCCUUGUGGCCAAUGGCAAGCUGGUGCAGGAGUUUUCCCUCUCAUCCACUGAUCUUUUCCAUUCCCCAGCUGGUUUCAUCCAAUUGUCUCUCACUUAUGUUGGUGCAUCGCCGGACGUCAUGGCCCUUACUGCGGCACCGAAAUCAAUGGCUCCUGAUGCCACAUUGCCGGAUGCAGAAAAUGAGGACAACAUUCCCUGUGAGUAUGAGAAAAUCGAAUUCCCUGACCUGAAAGUUGUCAACGAGAACCAGAUGAUGAUUUCAGAGUAUUAUGGGAUGCAAUGCACCAGCAUGGAGACACAGUGUUCCGAGAGCUUGGUCACUCCAGAGAAUGGCAACUGUUCGAAUGAGGAAGCAGGGGUUCGUCUUGUCGAGAGCUUCUCCUCUGCUGUUACUAGUUUAGAUCCAACUAGUAGUCGCAAGAUUGACACUCCUGUGAGCAAUGGUUCAACUACCGAGUCUACUUAUGUGCUUUCAGCCGUAUCUUCUUCUACCUCCCAUGCUCUCUCUGCCACGGUAUCAUCUCCCAGCCCGGAACACAAAAGCCCACAAGUCACAGAAGGUGAGGCUGAUUCUUCUGCACAGCCAAACGAUACAAUUAUGAAGCCAAUCAUCAACAUAAACGUCGAGCCAGAGCAAACAGUGGUGCAGCAGGACAUCGUCGAUAUGUACAUGAAAAGCAUGCAGCAGUUUACAGAGUCACUGGCCAACAUGAAACUCCCUAUGGAUGUUGAUGAUAAUUCUGCAACUGCACAAACUGAUGAAACAGUUAGUUCAGACAAGAAGCUGCCGCCGUCAAAGGGGACUGGUUCAAGAGUCUUCUAUGGGAGUAGAGCAUUCUUCUGAUCUUACACCCGUCAAGGAUUUGCAGAUGACUCUUAGAGUAGUUCAGAUAUAGUUGACUGUGUGCAUGACAAACUUGCUGUUAAUGUUAUGUUCUUGACGAACUUGCUGUAAUCAGAUAUCAAGUAUCCUUAUAUACUAACAAAAUAGAUCUUAUCUUCUUAUGAUUA